GUCCGCACUCUACUGCAGUGUUCUCAGUUCGCUCGUCGUCUGUUCCUGUUUUUCAAUCUCGUUCUCCAUUUUAGGGCCUUCAUUUUGCACCCGAUGUCUUUUGAUCACAACAAGGAACAUUCAUCAAUUAUUAGAGCAUUUUGUUUUAUGAACCGAGGCAGACUCUGGUUGCGGAGGAUAUUGUUUCGGGACUGGACUUGACUCUCCUUUUCUUUGGAGGAGGGGGUCUUGAUUCCUUCACUUCUUGUGAGGAAUUUCUAGUUUGAGAUUUAAGGGUUCUAAGAAGUGAAGGAAUUUCUAGUUUUUUUCUAGUUUGAGAUUUAAGGGUUCUUAUUAGAUAGGGGGACUCUCAUGGGGAAAUCAUCCUUGGCUCCUGGGUUUCGGUUCAAGCCAACUGAUGUUGAGCUUGUGCAAUACUACUUGAAGAGAAGGUUACUGGGGAAAAGGCUCGGUUUUAAAGUCAUUGCAGAGGUUGACAUUUACAAGUAUGAUCCUUGGGAUCUUCCAGACAAAUCUUGCUGGGAUUGUGGAGAUCUGAAAUGGUAUUUCUUUUGUCCGAGAGAAAAGAAAUAUCGUAGUGGGAAUAGAGUUCAACGUGCCACUGAAGGUGGUUACUGGAAGACCACGGGAAAGGAUAGAUCUGUUCUUUACAGUGGUGCAAUUGUUGGGUGGAUAAAAACUUUAAUUUUUCAUACGGGUCGAGCCCCAUCAGGAGAUCGAACAAAUUGGGUUAUGCAUGAGUAUAGGCUUGAAGAUCAGGGCCUGGCUGAUAGGGGUGUGCCUCUGGACUCAUAUGUACUCUGCAUGAUUUUCCAAAAAGAAGGGCUAGGGCCAAGAAUUGGUGCACAAUAUGGUGCACCCUUUAAAGAGGAAGACUGGAGUGAUGAUGAGGUUGAAAUUACUUCAGAAGCAGUCCAAGUUGCAAUCACGCCUGAGCCAGAUCUUGGGCUGCCUUGCAAUUAUGUCAGCCCAACUGCUACUAAUGCACAUUCUGUUGGGGAUAUUGGCGUAGGUCCAUCUGGAUCAGGCAUUUAUGAUAUUUUACCACCUUUUUGCGAGGUUUCCCAGCCGGUUUCCAGUAAUUACGUUAUACUGGAGAUGCCUCUUGCUUCUGUUGGUGAUGAUAUAAUUUCAAUGUUUGAUUGCUUUACCGAAGAAAGUGCUCUCUAUACAGAUGAACCUAAAAAAGUUGAGGCGGAAGGUCGUUUAGAAACAGUCCAAAAUGCAAACAUGCCUAGUACACAUUCCCCUGAAGUUAUAGGCGUAGGUCCUUCAUUCGAAUCAUGCGGAUUUGAUGUCUUACCACCUUGCAAUGUUAACGAAUCGGUUUCCUGUAAUUUUGUUACAAUGGAGAACCCUCCUGCUUCUAAUGGUGUUGAGACCCUGCCAAUUAUGGAUUGCUUUGCAGAAGAAAGCAUGUUGUUUGUGAAUGAUAAUGGCAAAAAUGAGGAACUUAAUAAUCUCGAACAUUUGGGCAAUGCUACACCUCAUUUCAAUACAAGCAACAUAUAUGAAGAUCUAGGAGACUUGGAAAACUUGGGUAGAGUUGGUGAAGUCGGAUAUAAUUUCUGCAGUGAGCCUGAUUCUAGGAGCCAUUUUCUGGAGCUAUAUGAUCUCGACCAACCUCAGCAUCCUAAUCUCUUCUUUUAGUUAUGUAAUUUUUAUGGCAAGUUUACUUUGCAUUGAUGGUUACCGAUUCCAUAUUUUAUUUUGAUUUCAACUAUAUUAUCCAAUCAUGUAUCCCUUUAUGUUUCUUAGCUUGUAUUACCUUUGCUGUCUUUGGGCUGUUUAAUGAAUUAUUCACUAUUGA